AGCCGCACAUGACCGAGCGGGGCCGGGCCGGGCCGGGAUGGGGCAGGAUCGGAUGUUCAAGGUGCUGGUGGUGGGCGACGCCACGGUGGGCAAGACCUCGCUGGUGCAGCGCUACGCCAACGACAGCUUCAACCGGCACUACAAAUCCACCGUGGGGGUGGAUUUUGCUCUGAAGGUGGUGCAGUGGUCGGAGUCGGAGACGGUUCGGCUGCAGCUCUGGGACAUUGCAGGGCAGGAACGCUUCACGUCCAUGACCCGCCUGUACUACAGGGAGGCCUCAGCCUGUGUCAUCAUGUUUGAUGUCACCAACGCCAGCACCUUCAGCAACAGCCACAGGUGGAAGCAGGACCUGGACAGCAAAGUGGUGCUGCCGGACGGGAGCGCCGUGCCCUGCCUGCUGCUGGCCAACAAGUGUGACCUGUCCCCGUGGGCCGUGACCCGGGACGAGAUCGAUCGCUUCAGCAAGGAGAACGGGUUUGCAGGGUGGGUGGAGACGUCUGUGAAGGAGAACAAGAACAUCCACGAGGCCAUGAGGGUUCUGAUAGAGAAGAUGAUGUCCUCGUGCACGGGGGGUGGCAGCCCCUGCUCUGCUGGCUCUGGGGAUUACAUCAGCAUCCAGGAGAGCUCUGCUCCAGGCUGGGCCUGCUGCUGAAGGCGCUGCACUCCGCGCCCUGCGCUCCUCACCAUCCUCAUCCUCAUCCUCAUCCUCACCAUCCUCACCAUCGUCCUCAUCCUCGCCAUCCUCAUCAUCAUCCUCAUCAUCGUCCUCAUCCUCAUCA